AUAAUGCUUUUCGUCUGGAUACUCAGCAACAAUCAAACUAUUUUUUACUGGAUACUUGGCAGAGAUUAGGCGUUGGAUAUUUUGGAGUUAGAAAAAAGUUAAGAACGGACAUGAAAAAAAGUUUUCUGAGUGCUGGAACACUGAAAAAAUUGUUUAGAGGGUUUUCUGAGGAUUGGGUUGAAAAGUUUUG